CGUCCCACUCACACUCUCUGUCAGAGCGCGGCGUUGACAGCUACUGGCCACUGAGCAGCCCACUCUGUCGGGGUUUGUGUCUCCAUCCACCAAGACUGCUGAAAAAGAAGCUCUGACUGUCGCAUUUUCUUUUAUUUGCAAGACAAGCAAAAAAAAAAAAAAAAAAAAAAAAAAAACAACGAGCCCGACCUCGGCAACAAAAGCACAAGAAGUGAGAAAAAAAGCAUCGAAGUGAUUUUCUAGACUUAUCACUGUCUCACAGCUCCCUGCACGAUGUCUGGAGAGGACGCACCUGCCCAGCAGCAAAACGCCGUGGACCAGAAGCAGGAGACCAAACCCGCCGAGGAGCCCAAAAACGAGCCGGCCAAGACGGAGUCCCCACCGGCUGCAGCCACCGCUGAGGCAGCGGCUACCCCAGUGGCGACUACCGAGAAGGUCCCCGAGGAGGAGACAUUCACCUACCGCGCCCUGGUGCUCACCGGCUACGGAGGCUAUGAUAAAGUCAAGCUGCAGGUGAAGAAAGGCAAACCCGCCCUCAAAGCUGGUGAGGUCCUGGUUCGGGUCAAGGCUUGCGGGCUGAACUUCGCAGACCUGAUGGCUCGACAGGGGCUGUACGACCGGCUGCCGUCUCCGCCGGUCACCCCAGGAAUGGAGUGCGCUGGAGUGGUGGAGGCUGUGGGGGAAGAAGUGACGGACAGAAAAGUCGGUGAUAAGGUGAUGGUGCUGAACCGCUUCGGGUUGUGGCAGGAGGUGGCAGCGGUGCCGGCAAGCCACACCUUCCUCAUCCCAGAGGGCAUGAGCUUUGAGGAGGCAGCAGCCCUCCCCGUGAACUACAUCACUGCCUAUAUGAUGCUGUUUGACUUUGGCAACCUGCGGCCCAACCAGAGCGUCCUCAUUCAUGCUGCUGCAGGUGGUGUGGGCAUUGCUGCCACUCAGCUGUGCAAGACGGUGAAGGACGUGACUGUGUUUGGCACGGCGUCAGCCAGCAAGCACGAGACUAUCAGCGAGGGCGGAGUCACGCAUCCCAUCGACUAUCGCACCAAGGACUAUGUGGAGGAAGUCCGCAAGAUCAGCCCGAAAGGUCUGGAUGUAAUACUCGACCCUCUCGGAGGAUCAGACACCCAUAAGGCCUACAACCUGCUGAAGCCUAUGGGCAAACUUAUCACCUAUGGUGCGGCUAACAUGCUAGCAGGCCAAAAGAAGAACCUGCUCGCUGUGGCGAAGAACUGGUACCAUCAGUUCUCCAUCCACACGCUCAGCCUCAUCCAGGGAAACAAGUCUGUGUGCGGCUUCCACCUGGGCUACCUGGACGGGGAGAUGGAGCUCAUCACCCAGGCCAUGAACACCAUCAUGGAUCUCUAUAAGGAGGGCAAGAUCAAGCCCCGCAUUGACUCCACUUGGCACCUUGAGCAGGUGGGCGAUGCAAUGAGAAAGAUGCAGGAGAGGAACAACAUCGGCAAAGUGAUCCUCACCACAGAGCCAAUGCCAGAGGAGGAGAAGAAGGAGGAGCCCAAGAAGGAGGACAAGAAGGACGACAAGAAGAAGGACGACAAGAAGAAGGAUGACAAGAAGAAGGACGAUGGCAAGAAGGAGGAGAAGAAGGAUGACAAGAAGAAAGAGGAGCCCAAGAAGGAGGAGAAGAAGGAGGAGGAGAAGAAGGAAGAGGUCAAAAAGGAGGAGAAGUGAGAGGGAGGGAUGGAUAGUCAAGCAGACCAGCAGGGAGUUUGUGUCCUGGGAGCAGGGGGUGUGGUGUGGCAUGGUGGGGUGAAAGGGUGGGGUGUUGGGGUGGAGAUGGAUGGGGUGAGAGGGUGGUGGUGGAGGGUAAGCAAGCAUGGGAAGGAGUUAGGAGGGUAGAUUACAAUAUUAUCUCACCACUGCUGAUCUUUUGUCUCUUCCACCUCCCCUCCGCUUCACCCUCUAGAGUCCUCAAUGGCAGUGAUUACUCAGGCCUGACUCCACCCACCCCACCUCCGUCACAUUUUCUUACCUUUAUCUGUAACGAAAUUUUCAAUCACUCGUAAUACCUUGUAAGAUCCACACUUGUCCCUCAAGAAAACACCCGCAACACGCGACCCCAUUUCCUAUUGGGAAUGACAAUGAGAGACAAGAGAGCCAUGGAGGAUUGUGGGUACGGUCCAGGCCUGGGGCAAUUUACUGUUUCCUUGACAACCUUAAUUCCUGCUCGCUCUCCGGCCUCACCCUCAACCCCCAUGCCUCUCCACACCUCAACUCCCACUGUGCUAAAUUGUUCUGCUUUGACUUCACCUGCCACCUCCUCCCCCUCCCACUCCCCCACCCCCACCCCUCAUCUGUUGGCUGAGUCCCCCCCCCCCACGCCCCACCCCACACUCCCACACCACCACCACCCCAUCCACAGGCCGGACCCACAGACAGGCACAAAAGACAGGCAGAUAAACGGAGAACCACACCCACCCACACAUUGCUCUCUUAGUGUCCAACGCUGAGUUAUGUCACUGAGGAUGAGUCAGAGAUGCCUGUGAUUGGCUGAUGCACACCGCCUCCCCUGGAGAUAUUUGAAUCAUGGCUUCGAUCGCAAUGUUUAACGGCACAGACAAUGGUAUUAAUGCUACAAGGCCUUAUAUUAGUUAUCAUUAACGUGGCCUUAACUUGUAUCAGCCUUCGUCAGUGGUGAGGGAAACAACUCCGUAACGCCUGUGUUCCCACCAAAUUAGUUAAUAUAGUGACUGUAGUUUACCACUUUCCUGAAUAUGAAUUUCCCCCCAUAAUGAGCCUUUCUGUGCAGUGUUGAAUAGGGAGGCAGAAAUCAUUGCUCAGCUUCCUCCUCCUUAGUUACAGAUUUUUCUAGCUGACCAACUGUUGGCAAGAAGUGCGCAGUGCCAAUUAAGAGAGAAUUUGUUUCUGUUCAAACAGGCCACAAACACACACUCAGACACACACACACACACAAACAUACACACUCUGAAUGUGAUGAAAGAGGCACUGUCAUGCUGAGACAGUGAAGCGUCUGAAAUGAGCAAGUUAAGAAGGUGAAUACCAGUUCUUUUCCCUCAGGAUCAGGCUUUCUUCCUCCCUGAUCCUCCUCGAGGCAUUCCAUGGCAUUCUGCUCCUUUCACGGCGACCGCUGGCCUGUCGAUCACCCUGACCUGAGAGAGGAGAAUUCAAUUCAAGCUGGCGUCCAUACUUCGCCUCCCCUGCUUCUCUCUCUACUCCUCUCUCUCUCUCUCUCUCUCUCUCUCUCCCUCCUCUUUCCAUUUCCCUCUCUAUGGUCGGCAUAGCAACAGGCGUCAGGCUCGUCAGAGAAGGCACAGUGGUCUGUUUCUCUGACUCCUUUUCCCUGUGUCUCUUUUUUUCUGCCUCCCUAACUCUACAUUUGUCAACAGUCGGUGCUGUCGACCAGUAUUCCAACAGGUGUAAAAUGUAUUAAGGAUUUCAGAUGAUAAAAUGAAAAGGUAGUUUGCUCAAACCCACCAAAAAAAAAAAUCAGGCUGUGACAAUGUGUGCAAUUAAGAGUAUGCUGGCCAACAACAGUGCACCGCUCCCCCUGAAGGCCAGUAUGAAUUUUGCUCACUGGUGUAAUGCCAUUCAAGUAUAAUCCUUAGUAUUUCAUCACAAAUCCCACUGGGUGGACUCUAAAUCUUUCAUAUAGGAGGCUAUCAACUUUAAACCUUAGACAUUUAUCUACCUGUCUUCAUGCCCACCCACCCACCUGCCUGUCUGUGAGCCCGGCCUCGGUGUUGAGACUCAGAUGGUGACUAGUGACUUUGUAAAAAACGAAAAACAAAAUGUUUUUAAAAAAAAAAGAGAAAAAAAAAAAGUUGUUGUGUUAGCAUGAGUGGCCUCCCUCAUGUGCUGUGUGUGGUGUGCCAUUGUGUGUGAAGAUGUGUGUGUCCUCAGGUCGUUUGUCAGGUUUUAAAAGUACCAAUCCUUCCCCUGCCACAAUUCCCCCUUCACACUACUCUGCUACAGUAUUAUGUAGCUCCCUCCCUUCUCACUCUAUCUCUCCUGUCUGAUAAGAGGCCUGUGUUAUGAGGACAGUUGGUAUUAGUAUUUUGCACUCUGCUCGCUGAUCUUAAUGCACUUACAAGCAUGGCAGUCGCACUCCAGUCCCACGCAGGCUUUGAUUCUGCUCCAGGUUUGCAAGCCUGUUUCCCAUCAUCCACUCCCAGUGUAUCUGCUGAAGCUCAAUGAAAGCACAGGUGGCGCACACACACAGACACACAUAGAAACACACACUCAUGUAAAGGUCUCCUCAUUUUAAGCUUGCCAGUCCCUGCCUGGGCCAACUUCUCUUGGGUGGCAGCUAAAAUCAAAGCAUUCAUCCAUCCUUGACUGUGGGAAGUAAAAUGUGGAGCAGGGCGGAGUGGACUCGGCUGGAGUGCGACCGCCACGCUGGUGUGGGGAGUGACUGUGUCCUGUCAGCCUCUGGUUAGUGUUCUGUUCUAAUCUGCUGGGCUCCCUUUGUGAACCUGUGGACGGUGCUUCUGUUCCGAGUGCCAUGUGAGAAACAAACGCUUCAGUAAAAAAGAAAAAAAAAAAGAAAAAAAGGAUGUUUUACUUAAUAUGUUAUUUUAAUUUACCUUUACAUUUCAGUUUGUUUGUUUGUUUUGUUAUCCAAGGGUUUAAAGUUCAAAGCUCAUACUCUUUAUGUGGGGACCUGCCAACCUGCACUCCUUUUAAAUGUGAUAAAGUCUUUCUGUUGGUCCGAACCAUGUGUGCCAAAUUGUAUGUAUGUUCCUCUGUCAAUGCUUUGAAUAUUAACAGUGCAUAAAAAUAUGAAGAAAAUUCUGGUUUUGGAUGCAUUUCCAUCAACCUUGAAGAAAAAAUGAAAGUGCAAAAGAGUCAUCAUAGUGUGACAGAUUUGUAUCCCAAAAUGCUCAUGGGUGCUGACAGAAUUUUUGCUGCAGUUUACAAAAAAGUUUAACACAAUUUGUAGUUCUCGAUUGGUUGUAGUCUUGCUCAAGCGUAGGCCUGCACUGUGCCUCUCUCCUUGCACACAGCUUACCUCAGUCCGAGGCGCCUCCCUCUGUAUUUCUAUCCUUUUCACUGUGUUUCACUAGCUCUCACAUUGCGUCGACCACAACAGGUUGAUUCCUCCCAAGUGUUUACAACCAUAAUAUUAGUAUCACAGUGAAAAGGAACUGAAGGUGGUGCAUUUAAGGUUCAAAACUCCACCAAAAGACAUAUAGAUUCACAGAAAUUUGCAAAAUUCCUCCAAAUCCAAAGCUCCAUGGUAUUCCUCUCUACGGAUUUUUAUUUCUUACAGUUUGUUUCCAAACGGCUUGUAUAGCAAGUGAGGGAGCAGAUGUUUUCACACAGCUGUGCAAGGAUGCCAAUAGUGUAACACAGCUGCACAAAACCCCAGCUUAUUGGCUGAUCAUAGCUCAGCCUCGGUCUGCCCCAGACACAACAUUUCCGCUUUACAACUGAUCUCAGUUCACUCAAGGAUUAUUAGAGACGUUCCUCUUUUCCUGUGCUGCAUCCGCAGAGCCUCUUGGCCAGUGCAACAGUCGCAGUCCAGCAGCAGCCAGCCAAAAACGCCUCUUUAUAUCACCCCUUUCUCUCUCCAUGCACAUUCAUAGCAAAUAAAACAUUACUUUGACAUCUGGAAUUUGAAAUUGCAUGAAUGCACCAGCAUGUGGAAAACAGAUUAUAAUCGUUUUCUUUCAACAUUUUCCCCUCGCUUCUUUUGAGCUAAGAUGCCUUUGAGAUGAACUCAAUCAGUUGGGCGGGUGGCCUGAUGCCUGAGAGCACUUCCACCAUGGUGAAGCUGCAGUGUAUGUCAUCUUGAAGUGGUUUCCCAGUCAUUCCAGACACUUAUGCAAGAGUACUUAGCAACUCAGAGAUGCACAGGAGAAAAACAGUGUUUCAAAGUAAAAUAAACAAAAAAAAAUCUGAACAUUUGCAGUUUUAGAUUUGAUAUUACUGAUUAACACUCGUAGUUUUAAGUCUGAAAAAUGCACUAAGACAAUGAGUGUAGUAUUUCCAAUAGCUACUCUUCUGUCUGUCUUGUCUUGUAUAGCUGAAGUUCCUCACAGACGCCCACCAUUUAGCUUUGAGGUGAAUUUCUUUCUGUUUUAUAUGGUUUCUCAGGUCAUUCCAAACAGCAGAAUUCUUCAUGUAAGAAGCCACUUAAUUUUGCAUUUACUAACACACACAGCAUCAUUCUGUUUCACUGUGUUUCACUGAGUUCACUGCACCAACUGUCACACCGACUUUCCUUCACACAUUCAUGUUUGAUGUAAGCUUUAGUAUUCCGAGUCAAAAGAAGAGGCUCUGACAUUGAGUUAUUUCCAAAUAAUUCAGAGCUCACCCAUCCACACUGAGAACCCAAACAACCACAUCUGCCUGCAGCUUUUGUUUCCUUAGCAUUCAUUUUGAAGGUAUUGCAAUGUGACGACAUCACAAAAACAUUGCAGAGAUGCUAUGGAAGUACAACCUGGCUGGGCUUGUCGUGUACAGUACUAGGAUGCAUGUGUAGUUGACCAGAAAAAAAGGCAUGUGUUUAUGUACAGCUCACAUUCUCUUUCCACAGUAGUUUAGUAGUCAUGUAGUGGUGUGGUGUGAGGGAGGAAAAUGCCCUUCCAGUCGUGUCAAGUUGCCAACUGAAGCCAAUCCACUGCCCCCUUGUGCCACCUGACUCCCAGUCCUCACCGUCAGCAUGGGCACUGUCGUGGCCAGCUGGUACAUUCAUGAUACACCUUAACCUAUCUCUGGGAAUGCUUCAGAAACUCACUACACACCUCCUGCUAGUGUUCAGUCACCACUGGUAAUUUUCUACAAGGCAUACCCAACAGGUUGAUUUCUAAGCUAGUUCUCUACUCUGUCCUUCCUUGUGUUGUCUUUUUUUUCCUGGUUGCAAACACUCUUCUCGUCUCGACUUUGUUUUUUAAACCCUUUGAAUUGAUGCUGCUUCUGUGCUUGACUCUGGGUUUACUCCGUGGUGCCAUGUUGUUCACAUGGCCUCUAGAGCUUGUAACGCUUCAGUGUGUAAUGUUACCAUAUGCCUUACAUGUUUUCCAGGA